CCCGCCCGCGCACACACACACACACACACACACACACCGGCCGCAACAUGACGGGCGGGCGGACAGACUGACAGACCGGGGCACCGCCGCUCCGCACGGAUUAUUCUCCCUGCGCCGGGGCGACGCGGCGGAGCAGCGACCCAGCGGGGCGGGGGCGGUGCCGCGCCGCGCUGCCAGGAGGGUCCCAGCCCCCGCCGGCGAGCGGCGAGCGCUGGAGGAGCCCGGCCAGGUUAUUUUAUUGGCUGUGAAGAACCACGGACCCUUUGUGCCCUGAUGGGGGACUCAGGAUCCAGACGAUCGACUCUUGUAUCUCGGUUGCCAAUAUUCAGGAGAAGUGUUAGCCGGAGACACGACUCCCUUCCUUCCUCGCCUUCUUCUGCCAGUGCCAUUGGUGUCCACACCUCCUCCCCAUCCAGCACGAACUCCAGCUCAGGGAGCACAGGAAAGCGCCGGAGUAUUUUCCGCACUCCUUCCAUUAGCUUCCAUAACAAGAAAGGGAGUGAGCAGAAGCCUGACUCAGCGAGUCAAAAUGUUAACAUCUCAAAUGGUGCCCAGUCCUCUCUUAGCACUUUUCAAAAACUCAGCUUAGACGAGCACAUCAAAAGCAGAGGAAGGCAUUCAGUUGGCUUUGGCAGCUCACGUAACAAGAAGAUAACGAGGUCUUUGACAGAUGAUUUUGAAAAGGGAAAGGAGCCCUCAGCUAAUAAGAAUGUCUUUAUCAAUUGCAUAAGCUCUGGGAAGAAUGAGGGUGAUGAUUCGGGCUUUGCAGAAGAGCGAAGCCGAUACUCUGUCAAACAGUCCACACGAAAACUUCUCACUAAGUCUUUUUCAUCACACUACAGAUUUUCCAAACCAGUUCCAGAGAGUCAGUCGGUUUCCUCAGUGCAGCAGCCCAGGUGCUUGCUGGAAGUUAAAUCCUACGUGGAGAGCGAGCCUGUGAUGGCCAAGUCAUCUCCUCCAUGCUCGGCUGAGACGACGGAUUGCAUGGGCAGCUCCCUGCAGUCCCCGCUGCUCUCGGCUGACCUCACGGCUGCCCAGACCCCCUCGGACUUCAUCGCUCUCACCGAGGACUCUGUUUCAGAGGCUGAUGCCCUGCCCAGCAGUGGGCCUGGGGCACUGCUCGCAGAGGAUUUUGGCCAUGAUGUCUCUACCUCUCAGGUCUUCUUUAAUCCUGCUGCUGCUCCUGAGAGGGAGAGAGAUACUGUGCGAAGUGCUGGCCAUUCUGCUGAUGUAUCUCCUGUGAGUCAUGCAAGCUUGUGCAGCGUGGAGUCCAGUACCUUAUUCAAAACCUCAGUUGCUGAUCAAACAAAAGCACCCUUGCAAGCCAAUGGACUACAUAUUAAUGAUGCCAGGCACAUAGAAAAAAUUAACUCAGAAAAUGCACAUUUAGAAACCUUGACAUUACAGCGUAGUGAAGAACCAGUGGCACUCUCUCCAAAGGCACGGGGGUUGAGUGGAAGCAGAGAUGAAAGCACUCCAUCCAAGCACAUGAGAAACACAAUUCCUGUAGUGGAGUCUAACACUGUUCUGUGUUCAGAACCUCAGUCCUUUAAAAUACAACAGGGUUAUGAAUCAAACCAUUCUAAAGUUGAUCUUGCCAACAGCCUCAGUCCAUACCGGGAAGGCAGAUUUGUUGAGAAACGCCUGAGGUCCUCUUCAGAAGGCACCGCUGGGGGCAGCCGGCUGAUCAUAAAACCAAAGGAUGGAAAUGCAGAAGAGCUUAACAGUCUAAGGAAGCAGAGAGCAAGCUCAUCCUCUUCCAAAAUGAACAGCAUGGAUGUUUUGAAUAACUUGGGUUCCUGUGAGUUGGAUGAAGAUGACCUAAUGCUUGACUUGGAGUUCCUGGAAGAGCAACAUCACCAGCGUUCUGUGUGCCGGGAGGACUCUUACCAGUCAAUAGUGUCAUGUGCUGCUGUAGUACUCACCCCUGUGGAGACCACAGUGGAUGCAAGGAAAAAGGAACAGAUGAUAAUGCCUGAUGUGUCCAAACAGAAUCUGUCCUUGAAGCUGUCGAAGGAGGUGGAGCAAGGAGAAGCCAGGUACCCCCGUGUCAGCCAGCUGGCUGGCAGCCCAUCUGUGGAGUGGCCUUUCACUGGUCUGGAAGAAGGUGGAGGCAUUGAGUCUCUGCCCUUCAGACUGAUGCUCCAGGACUGCACGGCUGUCAAGACAUUGCUUCUGAAAAUGAAGAGGGUUCUUCAAGAGAGUACGGACAUGAGCCCAGCUGGCAGCACAGCCUCCCUCCCUGUCAGCCCCCUUCCUGAGGAGCCGUUGUUUUUCAAGGAUGGAAUAAAAGAUGAAUGCUCGGUGCUGAAGCUGCAGCUGAAGGAGAGAGACGAACUCAUAGCCCAGCUUCGUGAGGAGCUGAUCAGAAUAGCAAUCUUACAACAAGAGGAGAAGGCUCAGUGCUUUCAGAAGGCUCUCACUUCCCAGGCAGAUAAAUCCACACAGACAGAACUCGUAGGCCAUGAUACUACAUAUCCAAUCAGAAUGGUGAGCCAAAAUCUCAGCACAAGGGACAGAAAGUCAGCACUUACUCCCACCGAGGACCCUUUUAGACACCCACCGGGCAACCAAGCAGCAGCGUACGAAAGCAAGAGCUGUCAGCUGUCUAAUUUGUGUCUGAGCAGCCUCCUGAAGGAGAAGGAGAUCGUGGAAGCCAUCAAGCACACCCGAGGCACGUACGAGACCCUGGCCCCAGAGGCCGCCCAGAACGGUUUGGCUGUCACGGCGCCCAGCCCAGCACAGCCAGCAUCCAAGGCCGACGGCUUCCCCGCCUUCUCAGGAGCUCCCAAGGACCAAAGUGCUGUGCCUCGGCAGCACAGCACCUUCACAGGGAGACUGGGACAGCCCCCGAGGGGACCCAUCUCCUUACACAUGUACAGCAGAAAGAACGUUUUCCUCCACCACAAUUUACACACGGCAGAGCUACAGACUUUAGGUCAACAAGAUGGCUAACAAGGAGCUUUAUUUUCUUGCUGUGGAAGGAGAGUUGAUUAAAGAGGGAUGUAAGCUCACCUAGAGUUCUGUCUUCAGUUCUCAUCUGCUGCUACUUUCAUGUGAAAAAAAAAAAUAAAUUUACUUUGUCUGUAGCUUCCAUAUUUUCCCACCUUGGACUGAGGCAAAAGGAUGAACAAGAUUGUUAAAUAACUCGGCUGAUUUGUCAUGCAGAAGUCACCAUGAGUUUAAUAAAUGGGACUGCUAGUCCAAUAUUGGCUAAAUAUAUUUUACCCCUCUAUAAGUCACUAUGAUUCCCUGAAGUUCUAGAAGAUGGUCUUAUAUAAAACCUGUAUGUUUUAUUACUGUUAAAGUAGAUGCGAGGAAUAAAUAGAUAAGUAAUUAGUAAACCCUCUUGAAUUUCAUAGAGAUUAGAGAAAUAAGGAGUCAGAAAUCUUUAAGGACCCUCUUUUUACACAUUUUUUUUAAUACAGUGAAAUUUGGUAACUUACGGAGUGUUACCUCUUCCUGCUGUAUGAGUUUCAUGAGUGCCUCAUGCUACAAGUGGAGGAAGUAAUUGAUUUUCCUCUAACAGGUUCAUAGAAAGUUGCCAGGUAUUUGAGUCAGUAAAUUGGGUCCCAGGCUGAGGAUGUCAGCUUGUUUCCUCAACCUUCCCUUCCCUCUUCACACUUCUAUUUAACUAGAUUUCUCUGAGUGUUUCUGUUCCAUGAGGGCAUGUCAAGUUGUGGUGAUCUUUGUGCUUUACAGGCACUGUGGCACUCAUGAUGAGAUGUGACAUUCUGCUGCGUAAUUCAUCCUAUAAUUUCAUUCCACUUCCCAAACCAAAAAUGUGUGAAAGCCUAAAGUAAGAGAAAUCAUGUUAUUACCCAGGCUGAACAACCUGCAUCAGUCAUCAUUUCUGUGGGCUGUAUCAUCUGCCCUUCAGGACCUGUUGGUUUACACCAGCUCAGUGGGUUUGUUAGUCCUGACAUGUAACAGACAAGUGAGAUUAAUUUAUUGCCUGGUCUCUGGGAGUAUGAAACCAUCUGACCAUGCCACAGAACCUGGAGACCUGUCGGUUCCAAGAGAUCUGGUUUUCCUCUCUCAGAGGCCUGGGAACCUCUCAGUCAGUUACUCCAAACAUGUGGCGUGUGUGAAACAUGACACUUGGUUUACAACCUCUCUGAUGCAGGGUAAUCUGUUUGAGUUGCAGUGGCACGUGCAGUUAGUAGUUUAAAAAAAAUUUGGCACAUUUAAGUAUGAUUGAGGCAGAUCUGAGACAAGUCACUUCUCUCUUUAACCGGUGAUUAAUAAGGAAAGACAAGGGUGCAGCACAUUCUCACACACAGAAACAAGCCAUUGUGACUUAACAGACAGCAUAUAAUGAAAAAGAAAGCUUCUGUAGCCACUAAAAAUCUGCAACUUUUAAAAGUUAAGUCACACAGAGUAUAUGAAAUAAAGAUAAAGUUUUAUCUAGUAUUAAAUAUGUCUGCUUCACUACUUAGUAUUUGGAUUAUUACAAGGAAAUUGUAUUAACAAGUCUUGGUUAAACUAAGAAAAAAAAUAGACCGUGGUCUUGGUAGAUAUUCUGAAAAGUAACUUCAGCAGCCUGAAAUUUCAGGCUUCUGUUUAUUGAGGAUUUUAUUUUUAUUAGAGCAGAAUUUAUUACAUCAUCUGAUAUUGAAGAGAACAGGUUUUGUCUAAAUAUUCUGUAGUGAUAAUUUUGGGUAUCCAGAGAUGGAUAUGUAAGAACCAAGACAAACAUUUGCCAAAAUUCUUUGUGUUCAUGUGUGCAUUGCUACUGCCAAAACAGAAUGUGCAAAAAUUGCAAACACAGCUUUACCGAAUUAACUGUGGGUAUUCAAGACUCCCAGUCCUGCAUUGAAACUCAUAAUUUAAAGCCUACCAAACAAGUUUAAAAUAGUAAUCAGAUAAUUUCGCUACUCAGAAUCACUUCUUCUUCUUAGCAAUAUCUUAAAGUCAUGGUAGAUUGAAAAGACAAUUAAUUCUUGCUAUCAAUUCAUUCCAGUACUGCUCAUCUCAAGAGCUCAUGUAUGCAAUUUAAUUUCAGAUCUGUAGAUAAAUUAAACAGACACUGUAAUCAAGGGAUUUUUUUCCAGGAUACAAAUGUACUGUACUAUGUUUAAAAAAAGCAAAACAAAACAAACCAAUACCCUCCUCAGUUUUAGGUUAUGUACUGUAUCUAUAGUUGUUUUUUCCUGGGAUAAUGGACUUUUGGAUUACACUUUAUUAAAAAAAGAUCCAUCUAUAAACUUCAGAAAUAGCAUUUCAAAUGCUACUAUUUUCUUGGAGAAUCUUUUAUAGAGCUGAAACUUAGAAAAACUGGAAAAAAACAGUUCAAUAAAUAUGAGGGAUAUUUUUAAAAUGUCAUCUUGAAGCUGUUUUGUAUCAGUAUUUUCAGCAAGAUUAUGUUAUUUGUAAUACUAAGUGUAAAUCUCACCCAGAGAAGAGUAUUAGCCACAUGUUAAUGUACAGUACAGCAGUAACUGUAAAAGAGGUCCUUUCUUUGGUCCUCUCGUGUAUAUAGGAAAUCAUAAAGCAACAGCAUGUGGACAAUCUUGCAGUGAAUUGAUUCCUUUGUACUAAAAAUCUCUAGUUUUUUAAGAGUUCCAUGUACAAAAUGAUUUAUACAUUUCUCCAAGGCUGUACAUAUCCAAAGACAUGACACCAGGGGGAAAAAGGCAUUUAUUAUUUUUUUCCAUGGAUGUACCUUUCUUCCCUUCCUUUUUUUUUUCCUCUUUCUGUAUAACAAAGCGUAACUGCAAAGUUUCUGCUUAAAAUUACUUGUUAGUUCCAUGUCUUUCAGCGUGAUAGAGGGCAUUUUAAGGAGGAGGAAAUCCCCAAAGAAAACUGUUUCCACUUGAAGCAGUGUCCGUCCCACUUUUUUAGAGCAAUCGCUUGGCAAAAGAAACCUUAGAGCUGUGCCCUAAAUAUUUUUUUAAUAAUUUACCAGAGCCACACCUGAAAUGUGCUUAUCAUCAUCUCCAGCCUUACCCUGACUAGGACAUGUUCAUAAGACAGAGUAUCAUGCUAGGGCCAGCCCUGGUCAUCAAUUCUUGAGAUGGAAGGAAAGCAUUUGUCCAAUAGUGGUUUUAAAUUUGCAUUUCAGAGCAGUGGAAAGGGGUUUUUGUAUAACUUGUGCAUGUAGAUGAAGGUCAAGCUGUGUGCUUGUGCAUACUGGAAAAACAAACCUUGCUACAAAGCUCUCCUCUAUUUAGGCCAUUUAGUAGCAUAUGAAAGUAUCCAGCAACAGAAAUUUCUGCCACCUUUCCAGGCAUGCCAGCCCUCUCUCUGUAAAAUAAACAGCCAGAAUAGAUGCCUUUACUUCAUUCCAGACUCUUACUGGUUUUUAUUCCACACAUCUCCACUUAAAUGUUAGAAGGGCUUUCCUUAUGUGGCUUUUUUUCCUGGAAGUUGUGAAAGGGUGUUUAUCCCGACUAAGAUGCUCAAAUGAUGUUUAGAUAAGCAUUUGAAAGCUUACCAAAAUGUUCAUUUUUGUCCUACAGGUUCAUUCCAGUCAUUACAGGUUCAUUACCAAUAAAAAUUGGUGGUUUUCCCUUUCCAAAAAGCCGAUUUGGAAGUAAUGAUUUCUGUCUGUGCUGAUUCACUUUCUACAGUUAAAUACACAGUACACUUUUCAGACUAAUAAAAAUAAGGUGUUUACAAAUCAGUAGUGUGCUUUACAUGCCCUAAGAGUUGUGCCAUAUCUCCACUGGUUUGAUUGGUAUGACACUGACUUUAAUUAGGUUCUACCAAGUUAAGUCACCUGAUGAUUGGGAUUGUGGCCUUUAAUCCAGCUAGUCUCAGUUUAUGCACAGGUGUUCUCUAAAUCUGGAAAUCUUUCCUAGGUCAAAAAAAGACAAGAAAAUAUUUAACCUAACAAAAACAUCAGAUCACGAUCUAUGGUGAAUGCCCUUCUUUUUCCCCUUCAAAAGCAAAAAAGCCCUGCAAACCCCUUUGUACAUCUACACAGCUCUCAAAUGAGCUAGAGUAACAUCUAACAAAAUUCAAAAUCUUGAACUAAAUACCUGGAGAAAAAAAUACAGGGGAGUCUUCUCACAGAUGUUUGUGAAGUUGCUAAGUUUGCCAAGAUGUUGGGAACUUCUGUAUCUGAGUGCAGUAAUGAAAUAUGUUCUAUGGCCGCUACCACUCUCACUCUGAUGAAUUUUUUCAGGGGGAGAAUUUGCUGUUUGAAGCUUGUUCUAGACAUAGCAGGCACUACAGUGUGAGAAAGUACAUUGAAAGUAUCCAGGGAGGUCUUCUCCCAGCUGGGAGUAACACACAACAUUCUUUCCAGGAUCUAUCUUAGUGCUCUUCAGCCAGCAAGAAUUUGACAGAGAUUCCUCAGCAGAACAGCCUGAAAUCAUGCAGACCAUGGCUGUCUUUAGGUGGACUUUACUUUAAAAUAUCCCAUAUAAGGCACUUCUAAAAUUAUAUGGAAAUUUCAGCAACUGCAGAACACACCUUCCUGGGUUGUUGGGGUUUUAUUUUUGAGAUAAAAAGGCCAUGUGCUGGUUUUAACCUUGUAAACUCUGUUUGGAACUUGCUUGCUCACUGGUGAUCUACCAAGGAUGUGAGAGUUUAUCCCCUGUAACAGAUAUGAUCCUAACUCCUCACAGUAUAAAGACAUUGGAUAUCCUCCCUGAGGAGCUCGAGAUUUGCAGUGUAUUUUCAGUCUAGGAGAACUAUCUGGAUUUAAUUAUCUUCUUCUUCAAGGAUCUUCAGUUGUUGCAAAGUCAGUAAAAAAGAAACUUACUUUUUAUUUUAAAAUUUAUCUCUCUGUAUCUAAAGACAAGAAAAUAAAAAAGGAAAAGGAAAAAACUUUUAUCAGCAUAUGUUUCCCACAAAUUGGUGCUUCUCACUAGCCGCAGCUGUCACUUGCAUUCUGUACAGCUGUGAAAUAUUUUUGGAUUUGUUGGUUUUGCUGCCUUCAUUACCUGGAAAUCAUUACCUCUAGUUCUGGGGAUUUUUUGCCAUCAAUCCAGUACUUGAAACACACAGGGAGGGCUGUUGAGGAUUUCUGCAGAACUAAUUCUGCUACUCUGAAAGCAGUGCAACAAGAAAAUACCUGGAAGCCUCUGUGUGUUUCCUGGGGAUGGAAAACCUAUUCUGAGUGAUCUUAACCAUGAAGGAUUUGUGAGAAUCUGAUGGAGAUGGCAAAUAUCAGAACUGUUUGGUUUCUACAUCCACAUAGAGGUUGUAGAACAGAAAAUACUCCACUGCGAAGAUUUUUCUAGUGGGCAAGUACUGUCUCCUUGUAUUCUGUAUCAUGACCCUUUCUGUCUCUCUGGAUUUCAGGAACAUUUCCCUUAGGUAUGGAGUUGUGAUGACUCUGUAAGACAGGAUGCCCCACAGUGUUGUUCCUGUUGUGAGAAGGCUCCAUUGGAUUUUUUUUUUAAAUUUAAAAUAUCUCAUCAUUAAAAUAUUUUAAUGUCUUCUCCUAGAACUGCUGUGCUGCUGGGGUAGUAGAAAGCAGUGCAUCCACAGAAAGUGUCCCUUUCCCAUCUGGGUAGGCUGCUGAUGAGUUGAGGUCCCAGCUGAUUUACAUCUACUCAAAAACUGUCAGACUUUUACUUAUGCACCUACCAAUACUUUGCCAGGUUUGACCCUGCUUUUUGCCACAUUGAAAAGGCCCUAAUAAUGUAGUUUUAAAGUGCAUAUGGGUAUCAACAGUAGUAGUAGAAUUUUAAUUUAAUUUGAAUUUUCCGUUUUAUGUCAAUGCACUUUAUAGAAUGGUUUCAUAUGAAUUACACUGGGACUUCUAUUAUUUUAUAACCUAAACUUGAUUUCGACAGGGUUCAGAAUUCUCUACUUAAAUUUAAGCAGUCCCAUAAAACAGUCAAAUCCCUCUUCUUUAAAAAGCUAACACACAAAUAAAUAUUUUUUCUGACAUAAAUGAUGUCAUUCAUGUUUAUUGUUUGAAAGGUAUGAUGUAUAAAAAGUAUUUUUACUUAUAUCUAAAUAUACCUACUUUUCAAACACACUACAUAAGUAGAAAAGUCAAGAAACAGCCUUCGUACUAAAGUUGCUUGUCCAGCUAUACCAUUAGGCUUUGUUUGCCAGAUCAUUAAUUUCUUUUUAAGGAAAAUCUAUUUGUUUUCCAUGGUUAAGAGGGUGAAAAAAAUGAAAUGUUUUAGUACGUGCUCUGCAGAAUGCGUGGAGAGAUGAUCAAUGUCGCGAGGAGAAUAUAAGCAAUCAAAGUCCUUAAUCAGUGAUUCAUCUGAUGUGUUUUAAGCAAGAGGAUCAA